CCGCAGAGCGGUGCUUGGUUCUCGGUGCCGGCUCCUGUACCCGCUCCCAGCUCGCAGCCGCUCGGACGGCAAGCCCAGCCCGGGGCGUCCGCGCCCACCAUGCGGGCCCAGGUCUGGCUGCUGCUGCUGCUGCUGCUGCUGCUGCAGCUGCUCGGCGGGGCUGGGCGCGCCAUCAGCUCCGCAUCGCCUCCAGGUCACAGUGAAAGCCAAGGCUCUAGAUGGGCUGCCAAAGGGUCCAGGCAAGAUUGGAGUCGGAAAGCUCGAGCGAGCCCAGGGCAGGUAUCGGAGCCAGGCAGGACCCAGCUGAGCCAGGACCUAGGCGGGGGCUCCCUGGCCAUCGACACACUACCGGACAACAGAACCAGAGUGGUGGAAGACAACCACAGCUAUUACGUGUCCCGUGUCUAUGGCCCUAGUGAACCCCAAAGCCAGGAACUGUGGGUAGACAUGACUGUGGCCAACCGGAGCCAAGUGAAGGUCCACAGAAUCCUUUCCAGCAGCCACCGGCAGGCUUCAAGAGUGAUCUUGUCCUUUGAUUUUCCUUUCUACGGGCAUCUUCUGCGGCAGAUCACCAUAGCAACUGGAGGUUUCAUCUUUAUGGGCGAUGUGCUCCAUCGGAUGCUCACGGCUACUCAGUAUGUGGCUCCCCUGAUGGCCAACUUCAACCCUGGCUACUCCGACAACUCCACAGUCGUUUACUUUGACAAUGGGACAGUCUUUGUUGUUCAGUGGGACCACGUCUACCUCCAGGGCCGAGAGGACAGGGGCAGCUUCACGUUCCAAGUGGCUCUGCACUGCGAUGGCCGCAUUGUCUUUGGCUACAAAGAGAUCCCUAUGGCUGUCCUGGAAAUUAGCUCCUCCCAGCACCCCGUCAAGGCUGGCCUAUCAGAUGCCUUCAUGGUUCUCAAUUCAUCCCCAGAGGUACCAGAGUCUCGACGCCGGACCAUUUUUGAAUACCAUCGUGUGGAGCUGGACUCUAGCAAGAUCACUAGCACAUCAGCCGUGGAGUUCACCCCAUUACCAACCUGCUUACAGCAUCGGAGCUGUGACGCCUGCAUGUCUUCAGACCUGACCUUCAAUUGCAGCUGGUGCCACGUCCUGCAGAGAUGUUCCAGUGGCUUUGACCGCUACCGGCAGGAGUGGCUGGCCUACGGCUGUGCCCAGGAGGCAGAGGGAAGGACAUGUGAGGACUUCCAGGAUGAGGACCACUAUUCAGCCUCUCCUGACAGCUCCUUCAGCCCCUUUGAUGACGACUAUACUACCUCUGCUUCUCUCAUCAUCGACAGCCUCACCACAGAAGAUGAUACCAAGCUGAAUCCCUACGCAGGAGAAGAUGGCCUUCAGGACAAUUUGUCCCCGAAGACUAAGGGUCCCCCUGUACACCUGGGUACCAUUGUAGGCAUUGUGCUGGCUGUGCUUCUGGUGGCAGCCAUCAUCCUGGCUGGAAUUUACAUCAGUGGCCACCCUAACUCCAAUGCCGCACUCUUCUUCAUCGAGCGGAGACCUCACCACUGGCCAGCCAUGAAGUUCCGCAACCACCCCAACCACUCUACCUAUACAGAGGUUGAGCCUUCGGGCCAUGAGAAGGAGGGUUUCAUGGAGGCCGAGCAGUGCUAAGAGCACCAGACAAAGAGACCUGGGGACUGCAAGAAAGAUGAGUUACAGCAAAGAGGAGAAGUGGCUUUUCCUGGCCUCCUCUGAGCUGGCCCUGGGCCAGGAAGAUAAGACAACUGCUUAUGGUGCCAGAACCACAGUUCAGUUCUCACACCCCAAGUAAAAUGGGGUUCAGGAAAACGAUGAGAGUUUUUUAAAGGAACAGUGACCUCAUAAUGCCAUUGCUUAGAGGAGUUUCCUCUUCUAGGUCUCUCAGUGGUCUACUCUGAAGCUGUGGCAGAGCCCCGUCCCCCUGGAGAUGGCCUCGUGUCUUGCUCCUGGUCACCCAAAGCCCCUGUGUGGGACACAAGUUAACGAAAAGUUGGGACUGGGGCUACUGCAUACCAGGGUCCAUAGACUCUAGAGCUGGUCCUUGGCCCCAGCCUCUGUGUCUCUGGAAGCCUCAAGAAGGGGUUCCCCCAAUCUGAGCUUUCAUACCUACCUGAGACAGAGGCCAAAUGAGAGGAGAGAAAAGAACCUUGGGGAAGUUUGCAUUUCUAGCCUCAUUCCCUUUGCCUCAUCUUUUCUGCAGAGACCUAGAGCUUGCAUCUGAGCGCUGCAGCCUGCAGCCUAAUCUGCACCACGCCCUGCCACCCAGCCUCCAUCUUGCAAGCUGGUCUUGCACAGCUUCCAGUAUUGUGUGGAGCUGCUUGCUCUCCACCUGUCUGGUGCCCAUUUCACUCACUGGCCUGUUCUGAUGUCAGUGCCAGUGGGUUCCUCCAAAGGCACAACUUGUCUGGUUCAUAUUUUUCCUGGCUGACCUGGGUGGGGAUUUUUAUAGCCAUUAAAGACAAAAGGGGGCAGAGGCUAGAGGUUUUCUUGAGAUACUCCCCCCCCCACACACAAGCAGGGAGCUUCAGUGGCAUCCUGUUGAAACACAGAGCUGCCAGGAAGGUAGGCACAGAGAACGUGGCAGGGAGGGAGGGACUUUCCACACAAGACCUUGACCUGGAAAGUGGCCUCCAUCUCCCAGCUCUGCAAGCAGCUCUGGAAGACAGGGAAUUGAAUCUUCCAUACUUAGCCUGGUUUUAAAAGACUUCUAUCCCAGUGAUGAGCCGAGACUACUUCUGAAGGGUGGUGAGAAUGAAAAUCUAGAACUCACCCUCAUUCCAAAAAAAGAACGAUCAGCAGCAAAUAAAUGUUAAGCCACUGUCUCCACAUCCUCUCUGCUCCUUUUGGGCAGUAAGGAGUGGUGAAAGCAGAA